AUCCACAGAUCACAAAGUCCUCUGUUACCUGUACUGUCAUCUGUCUCGAAUUGUUUUUCCGUCACAAAAUGGAAAAAUCGGAAGUGCUUCUGACAGCUUGCCAGUCUGCUGAACAGUUCUCAGCAUGUCUUUGGGACUGCAAAACGAAGAACGUGCUAAAAACGUACAAAAAUGGGGGCCCUGCGGCCCCUAAGAGCCUAUCGGUUGUCGGGGACUACAUUUUCACUGCAGAAGCGGCAAAGCCGUUGCUGCACGUGUGGCCAUUGAAUAGCCAGGAAAUUGAUAAAAAUAUCAGGCUUGUUUUACCGGGAGCGGUCACAUGUUUAGCAGUUUGUCCCCAAAACCACUAUUUGGUAGUGGGCAUCUCCACUAAGUUGUACAUUUGGCAGCUCAACUCUGGAAAACUGCUAUCAAUUCAACAGAGACACUAUCAACCAAUCUCAUGUGUAGAAAUCUCUAGUGAUAGCGAAUACGUGAUAGUAGGAGGUGACGAUGGACUUUUGGUAGUGUAUUUCUUAGCUGAUUUGGUUUCGAUAAAUCACAGUCUAUUGAAUCAGAAGAACAUUGGACAAGUAGAACCAGUCUAUACUAAAAAUGAUCAUAGCAUGCCAAUACGGGAUAUACAUUCAGGAUCACUAGGACGACACUCAAGAUUUGCAACAUGUUCCGCGGACCAAACUGUGCGCCUGUACACCUUAUCAAGUGGCGAUAACAAUCUUACUUUGGUGUUUAAUGAGGACGUUACAUCGGUACUGUUCGACUCGCCCUGUUGGAAUCUAUACGUAGGAACAAAUUCUGGCAUUGUCAAACAGUGUAGUCUGAAAAAUCCGCCCCGAAGCCUUACUCACCACAUUGGACGAAACGAGAGUAAAGACUUUAUAGGUCACAAAGGAAAAAUUAUCGGCAUGGCACUAAAUUUCUCCAAUAGCAUUUUGGCGACGGGCGCCGAUGACAAAAUCGUGAUCAUCUGGGAUAUUUUGAGCCAGCAAAUCUCGCGACAAUUGGAGCAUCCUGCGCCAAUCACCAACCUCAAGUUUGUGCCAGACUUCGCGAAUUUCUACGUGCAGAAUUUGAAACCCCAGUUGAUUUUCAAGCCGCUCGAACGGAACGUUGAAGCGGACUCUGAUAACUUUGUUGUUGCCCAAGUGCAAAGCGAAGAUAUCGAAUUUUCCGACGACGAAAACAUCUUGGAAAAGCAGCUAUCAAGGAAAUCCUUGGAGGAGCAGAAUGUAAACUUGAGGAUUGUUAACUCACAAUUGUACAGAGCGGCAUUGGAAAUCAGCAAGAAAUAUCACAUUCAAAGGACCGAAGCGCCGAAGACAAAUGGGUGUUAAUGUGGAAUAAAAAUUGUUGCUACUGCCUA